GCAUGACGUCUUGUCAUUUCCUUCCAUACGACCUUAACAUUCUGCUUCUCUCUUACAUGUAUCUGUCUCGUUCGUUAAGUUAUACUUGAAUGUUUGAAGUGAGGCAGUGCCUUUCACUCGGCGAGAGAAACCGGUGGCAUGACGCGUUGUGCGAAGUCGGUGUAGGCAGCUACACUAGUGCAGUGACAAUGAGUUACGAGUAUAGUCAUGUGAGACCAAAGUUCUUGUGUUUAGUGUACUUAGUGUUGAUAAGUGUUGAAAUAUCAAAAUGUCUGGUGCUCCGGGCGUACCUGUCGCAGCACGGGCUGCACGGCGAGGUGGAGUUCUCGCACAAGAACGACACGCUGAUCAGCAUCCGCACCAACCUGAAGCCCACGCUGCAGUUCCCCGACGGCGUGUGGCGCUGGACCGUGCACGAGUUCCCCGUCGACUACCGCGACCUCUCCGACGCGCGCUGCUCCGACGCUAACCUGGGCAAGGAGCUCAUUGAUCUCACCGAAGAGUUAGGCUACCUCAUCAUCCCGGGGAAGGACCAUGCUGAGUUUGAAAGCAAGAACACUCUGACAGGUCCCGACGGACUCUGGGGCAAGAGCAUAGUAUUUGAAACAGCAGAACGAGAUAGAGUCAUUUGUGCAUCUAUUCUAUCAACAGACCAGACUUAUGAGAAAAAUGCUAUAGCUAGGUUUACCUCCCCAGUAGCGGGGACAUUGCAUUUUAGGUGGCUUUCAGCCAAGGAGUCUGACGAAUCAGACUCCUAUAUCCAAGCAGACUUAUAUCAUACCAAAGCCGUUUCAGAAAAAGUGCAGUUUACAGAACACAAGUGGAAGUUGUUUGUGACGGACAUUUUUGAUGCCGACAAGGGUAACUACGAGGACAAUUGUAAUGUUCUUCAGUUGGUGUUUGAUCCCGAGAACAGUGGGGAUGGGAUGAGCGUGGGGGACCUGGACAGCAGGCUGGGGCUGAUCAAGGUGGCGACGGACGCGAACGUCCAGAAGACUAAGACGUUGUUCAAGGAUGACGUGAUCAACGUGCUGCGCGGAGACAUGGAGGUGACGCGGCGGAGUCUCUACGUCGUUAUCUACGACAACAGACAUUCUGAUAGUUUCCUUGCGUGUGCCAAGUUAAGGCCUUUGCAGGCCAAGAGUACUAAAGCCCUUAUAAACAUGGACGGCAUCCGCGGUUCAGUGGACUUCACCCAGCGCUCGCCGUUCGACCCGACGUGGACGAACUUCCAGCUGGGCGCAUCGGACCAGGACUACGAGUCCAACCUGCGCUUCGUGAGCUCCGUGCUGCAGUACAGCGUGCAGGAGCUGCCUCCGAGGCUCGUGGGGGACGAUAUCGCCUCUAUAUGCAACACUACCGGAGGGAUCUAUAAUCCUACUAACAUUGAUUUGUCGAAUCUGCCUCCGCCGGGCAUGGGUACCCAGGACCAGUACCCGGUGGGCGACCUGCUGGGCAAGCACAAGGACCGCACGGAGUACCUGAACCACCGCUACCUGCUGCCCGGGCUGGCGCACGAGCUCAGCGGCGCCUACUGGGACGUGUACCUGCCGCUGCACGGCGCCAGCAGUGUGCUGCAUCGCGCGCUGCUCGUCGAGAGACGGUCUCCGAAGCAGGACGUGUGCGGCACGAUCCUGCAGUAUGAGGCGGAGACGGAGUACCAGACGCCGAUGUCUUCCGCCCAGGUCAUCUUCCGCUACCCACUGGUGGGCCGCAUCAUCUUCCGCCAGCCGCAGGACCGGCCCUGGGAGGACACCACCAUCAUUGUCGAAGGAUUGGUGCACGCGGACGGCGCCACGGUGAACAACACGGCGGGGCACCGCUGGGCGCUGCACGAGCACGCGCCGGGCGCCGACUACUACAACUGGACGGCGCGGUGCCUCAGCGCCGGCAGGGUGUACCAGCCGCAUGCGCUGGACAUCGACACCAGGCAUCCCGAGUCCUACUGCCGGCCCGGCCUGGAGGGGCUGUGCAGGCUGGGAGACUUCACUACCAGACACGGCACGCUGGCGGUGGCAGGCCGCAAGCGGGACUCCGCCCGGCUGACGCGGCGGCUGUUCACAGACGGCGCGGUGGCGCUGGCCGGCAAGUUCUCCAUCAUGCGCAAGUCGCUCGUCAUCUACGACGACCACGGGCCCGUCGCCCGCGGCGAGAGGAUGGCAUGCUCCAUCGUGUCGGGGCUGCCGCGUCGCAAGGCGGUGGCGCGCGGCUGGUUCGGCGGCGCGGCGCGCGGGCGGCUGGAGGUGACGCAGCAGUCGGAGUACGACGUCGCCAACGUGCACGUGGCGCUAGAAGGCCUGCAAGAUGUUCACAACUACAAGAUACAUGCGGUGCCGGUGGAGAAGGACCUGGAGUUCCCGUGCGAGAAGACCACCCUGUACGAUACCUUCAACCCCUUCCACGUCAACAAGAGCCUCAGCCCACCGCCCACCAAAGGCACGGCGGACCAGUACGAGCUGGGCGACCUGGGCGGCAAGUACGGGCUGGUGGAGGCGCAGUCGCUGACGGCCGCCUACAACGAGACGCAGCUUCUCUACGGCCCGCACAGCAUACUGGGCAGGUCACUCGUGCUGCACAAGAAGAAGAACCGUCGCUGGGCAUGCUCGUCUAUCGAGCGCGGCUACAGUCCGUCGGAGGCUCGCGAGCUCCGCGCCAUCGCGUCGUUCCACCACCCCGGCGGCUUCGCGCGCGGGUACAUCCGCCUCACGCAGCUCAUACACAACGACGGCAGUGCUAGCGACACCAUCAUAGAGGUCAAGCUGCGACACCCGGGGCUCAGGGACACUAAUGUCACACGUAACCACAACUGGGCGAUCUUCGUGAACCCGGUGGGCGUGGACGCGGCGGUGAAGGUGACCAACACGCGCUGCGUCGCCGGCGGCUACCGCUGGAACCCUUACUUCACGCAGCUGGCUGAUCCGCUCAAUCAUGACCUGUACCAGCAAGAGUGCGGUCCGGACAACCCGCUGCGCUGUGACGUGGGCGACCUGACCGCCCGCCUCGGCACCAUCAACAUAGGCGCGGAGCGUCAGAUGUUCAUGGACAGCAACUUCCCGCUGGAGGGCACAGUGAGCGCGCUGGGCCGCUCCGUCGUGAUCUUCGGCCCCGAGCGCAGCGCCGAGCGCUUCGCCUGCGCCAACAUCGAGCCCGACAAGGACAUCAUCAAGUACGUCAAUAUUAUGAAGCCGCCGCGAUUCGUGCUCGGCAUGUUCCUGGAGGACAUGCGUCGUGUGCUGGGUGUGCCGGAGUGGAUGAUGUCGGUAGAUGCCAGGCGAACCCGCGCCCUGCACGGCGGCACCUGCGUCCAGCUGCUGCUGCACUUCACCGGGCCCCACGCCAACCGCCUCGAGCUAGACUUCACCAAACUGCUGGCGUCAGGGCGGCUGGACUCGCCCAGCAUCUUCAUCCCCGGCUACGUGAACACCAAGAGAAAGAAGACCAUCUCGUACCGGCCGUGCGGCACCACCGACCCCAAUGAAAGCAAAAAGAACUCGUACUUCUUCUCGUCAUCGCCAUCUUCAGCGACGCUGACGUCACCGGCGCAGGCGUUGCUAUUGCUGCUGUGCGCGGCGCUGCGCCUCGCGAGGCUCUAGUUGUACUGUCUACUGCAUGCCAAACUGUACAUAUGUAUUUAAUAUAUUAC